UCGAACUAUUUUCUCUCACUUCAACUGUUUGUCGUCUGCUUUCGAAAAUGGAGGCAUGUUGUUUACUCUAUGUAUUUGAUAUUGUUGGAAAGUCAUUACCCAUCACAUGUACAGGAGUAUGUAGUUAGCUGAUAUUGUUAAAAACUUGUCUCCGCACGUCUCUCCAAAAAUGAAUGCCGCGGAAGAUAAUGAGCAGGAAGGGGAGUCUAUGUCGCGCUGCCUGAAGGAGGACCUUACUCACUCUUUUGAAGUUGUUUUGAAAGAUUUGCCCGAGGUUCUCUUGUACAUAAAGCGACUGAAUGAGCACAUCAAAAAGCAGCAGUGUACUCUCGUGAAGUUGUUCGAAAAACUAAAGGAAUACAAACAAUCAUCCAGUUUAAAUUUGAAAAAUGGCUCUGUACUGGUAGAUGUCAGUACACAGACUGAUACACCAACGGAGCAUCUGGCUCAUAAUAACAUUUUAGAGCAAGCUGGGGAAGCGAGCUCAGACAAUCAGAUUUCGGAAUGGGCUACAUCGUCAGACACCAAGUCAGCAAUAAGUCUUGCAGAUGAAGUGAAGAAAGUGGCAGAGAGUGCUAUGCAGCAAACAGGCUUUGUGUAUGAAGAGACGUCUGGGAUGUAUUAUGAUUACAACACUGGUUACUAUUACAAUGCUGAAAUGGGAUUAUAUUAUGAUGGUAAUAGUGGUACAUAUUUGUACUAUAAUGAAAGGACCAAGUCAUAUGAGUAUCAUUCUCAUGCGGCCACACCUGUACAACUUAUCCCAGACCAGCAAAUGAUGGAACCAGCUAUUCCUUUUGUUGCUAUGACAGCAAAAAGUUCCCAAGUUCCAUUUACUUCAAUAGCAGAUAUCAAGAUAAAAUCAUUUAACGUACGAUCAGAAGUGAAACAAAACUCUUUCUGCUCAGAAAUAGAAGUUAACAAGAAAUCAAUUGUGUCAGAAAAAGAAAUUAAAACACCAUCAGUUAGCUCAGAAAAAGAGACAAAAAAGAAACAAAUUAGUUCUGAAAAAGAGACAAAAAAGAAAGAAAAGAAAUCAAGCAAAUUAGAUAAGGAACCUAGAAGAAAAUCCACAAGUUCAGAUAAAGGGAGUAAGAAAAAAUCAAAAUCUACUCCCUUGUUAAUACCAGAUCCAUUAGAAACCAAAGAGACUGAACUUCAAAUGUCUGGCUCAAACCCUAUGGCACCUGUAGAUCCAGAAGUUUUAGAUAUCUUAAGCUCACGGGAAAGCAGGGAAGAGUUAAAGAGUCCCAAAGAAUCUAGGAAUGAACAUAAAAGAAAAGGAAAACAUAAAAAGCAUAAGUCUAAAAAGAAAAAAAAGAAACGCCAUAGGAGUCAUUCAAGGAGUGAGAAUAGUAUGGAAGAAGGAGAAUGUUCGCUAAGUAGUGAAAGUGACACUGAAAAUACUGACUCAUCCGUCAAAAAGGUCACUAUUGAGGAAAAUGAAGAAAUGCAAGAAAUUCCUUCUGCUAUUGAUACCACUGUUGAUGCCCCUGAUCUAAAUAUUGAGCAGCCAUGGAAAAAACUCCGAAGGCUUUCUGAGGAAGCAAGUGAAGCAUGGCCUCCUUGCAUGCGCAUAAUUGUAGAAAGUACUGAAGUAAGAAAUUUGAACGUAGGAAACCUUUUUAUUGUUACUUGUAAAGGAGGCACACUAGGUCGGGAGAAAUUCCAUGCUGUUUGUAUUCCUGACAUUAAUAUUAGUAAGCACCAUGGCGUAUUUACAUUUGAUGAAUCAAGUGGAAAAUAUUUUUUCACCGAUUAUGGUAGUAGAAAUGGGACUUAUGUUAGUAAGCAACGCCUAUCAGCUGCAAAGCAAGAAAGUGAUCCUUGUGAAAUCCCACACGGCACAGUAAUCACUCUUGGUUCCACCAACUUGCUGUGCCACAUACAUCCUGGUAGGGAAACUUGUGAAGAAUGUGAACCAGGUGUAGUUGCAUCAAGGAAAGCUGAUGAAUAUGAGCCGGCGCCGAUACCCUCUCAUACUGGAGAAUCAAAAUCCGAAAAACGAAUGCAGGAACUUCGUCGACUUCGCAAGAGGUUCGGUAUCGGAAGCAGUGAAAGCAAAGCAGAGUUGGCGCCAGGCUACGAGGACCGCGCGGAGAUCCGCCGGGUGACUGUUGGCUCCCACAACGAGCACGCUAAGACGGAGGUGGCAUCGACUACAGAGUCCAUUCGUUCCACCAACAAGGGCUUCAAGAUGCUCUCGAAGAUGGGCUGGAAGGAAGGGGAGUCCCUGGGCAAGGGUGGCACCGGCCUCACCGAACCCGUCCUGGUGACGCAGCGCGCCGAGAAGGCGGGACUGGGCGCGGACAACGCCUUCAGCGCCGGGCCAGCGCCGCAACCCAAGCAGCGCGCCGACAGGUGGCAGCGGGCGCGCGAGCGCUACGGCCAGCUGCCCGACACGGUGGACGACGACCUGGAGCUGGACGAGUAGCCGGAGGGACGGCCGCGAGCGCCACGGCCAGCUGACCGACACGGUGGACGACGACCUGGAGCUGGACGAGUAGCCGGGGGGACGCCUGCGCGGUAGGCAGCGCCGCCGCGCACGCCCGCGCGAGGUGGCCUACCCCCCGGGCGCCCGGCGGCGGGGCAGGCCGCCCGCCGCACGCGGCUGCGCGAGGCCGGCCCCGGCUGCCUGCCCCGCCGGCCGGGGUCCGGCCCGACCGUGAUUGCCUUCCCCGGCCAGAGGCCCGGCGUGGCGUGCCCGGAUACCAGGCAUCGCUCAGCGUCGCGGCCAUUCCCUGCUAAUUGAAUCGAGAGGGCCCACGUGGACACGCCAAGACGAGUGUUCGGAGCGCAGUCGUCGUCGUCGCCCCCCCCCCCCUUUUUCGUCGGCAUCCCACCGGCUGAGGGGGCCACCCAUCGCGGGCCGGCAUGUCGCCGCCUCGCCGCGCCAGCGCGCCACACUGCCCCCCGGUCAAACGCCAUGUUUUCCACCUGCGAUAGUCGCAGGUUUUGUUUCACUAGACCACGGGGGGCUGUUGUGUCUCUCUAGGCGGCGGGGUCGCGUAGCGGAACGCACUGUAGUACCCGGGCGAGCGCGCGCGAGCCACCGCACCACGGCACGGCACGGCACGGCGGCGCGUAGCUGCAUUGCUUUGUGCUCGCGGGCUGCACGCCGCGCCACGCCGUGGAGACCGAGCUGGUUGCAGUCGGCGCGGGGGCAUUCCACAUGGGGGCCUGCCCGGCCGGCGCCAUGCCCGGCCCUAUGCGGCGGUGCCCUCCGCAGCCUCAAGCUGCCCGCCUUGGUGGUCUCCUCCCCUGUUCCUCCCGGUUUCCUUUCUUAUCCUCCCCCCUCCCCCUCUCCCUCUUACGCCCCGCAAUUAUUUCCCUGCUCGUCGUCAACUGUUCUACUGCAUUCUAGUGCCUGUACCGUAUCGCAACGACGUAACUAUUAUUAUUAUUGUUUCUAAUAUAGUCUGCACCAAG